AUGUUUCGUCCGCCGCAGAUGCAAAUGAGCAAUAACCAGCCUGCAGUUUUGCCUCUCUCCGACCCCGGCCCUCUCAAUCCUCCUCCCUACUCAACCUCGAAAUCCGAUCAGCCCGCCCUCAUGCCGGCUGCACCCCCGCAAGAUUCUCUCACGGUUGCUGACUUGCAGCGCCGUCAGGCUGAACUG